AUGAUCCAUGGUGGAACGAAUUUUGGAUUCUGGAAUGGGAGAGAACCAGAUGGCCCUGUGAUAACUUCAUACGAUUAUGCUGCUCCGAUAAGCGAAGAAGGGCAAAUAACACCGUUAUAUAGAGCAAUCAGAAAUUGGAUUGGCUCAAAACAAGAAUGGCCAAAUACUCCUUUGCCUCUACCGCCAAACAGAACAGGAAUUGCAAUAAACGGCAUUACAGCCCUCCGUCUCCCAAAUUUCAUCAAACUCUUAAACUCCACCCAUACAAAACAACAAUGUAUACAUUCAAAUGGGGCUCGCCCUCUAAACUUUGAAGUUUUCGAUAGAGACCAUGCUUUUGUUUGGUACAGUACAGUACUUGAAAUAGGAGGGUCUGUGUUGACUAUACCUGUGGGAAACAUAACCGUCUGUGACAGAACCGGCUGCUCUCAAAGAGUAACAAUAAACGCUCGUGCUGGUCAACGCUUAGAUAUACUUGUAGAGAAUGCUGGACGAUUAACCUAUCCACUGUCUAAAGUUGAUCCGAAGGGCAUUCUUUCCCCUGUAAUUUUGGGUGGUAUCUCAGUUAGUAAUUAUUGGACUCAAUGUGGCGUUUCAAUAGAUGCUUUAUACACAGCUGGUUCUUUGCUUUUUGAGGAAGCAAAUUUGGAGCAACAACUUUUGAAGGGGUCAUCAAGCAUUGAACCUCCACAACCUGCCUAUGAUGAGCCUGCCAUUUAUGCAGCCAAAUUCACAACUCCCGAUAUAGACUGGAGAUUGGCCCAUACAUUUUUUGAUUCUCGAGGGUGGGGGCAUGGCAUUGCUAUGGUGAAUGGGUUUAACAUUGGGCGGUAUUGGCCCUUGUUGGGCCCACAGAUGACUCUAUUUGUGCCCGGUGCUGUAAUGAAAAACGAAAAUUUCGUUCUCAUUCUUGAAUUAACUGGACGGCAAAAAAGCAAAUCGUUACAAUUUGAUUUUCUCGCACAACCACUUUACAAUGGAAUGGAAGAGAGACAAUUUCAAAAAGAUCAGCCAAUGGUAGACAGGGAGGAUGUAUCUGAAGACGAUGAAAUUGUCAGAAAUCCUGUUCCCUCAGGCUAUUUGAGAAAAUAUCAACUAGCAUUGGCUCAAACACGUCGUAAUCGACACCAAUCAGAAGAAAAUGAAAGUGCCGAGGCUGGAGCUAGAGAAAAACGAAUGGAUUUUUUCUCACACUUUUAAGAGGAUUAAGUUUCUUGAAGAGCAAUAAUUUUAUUUAAAAAAGUUCAAUAUAAAUUUUUGAAAUACAGUCGGACCUCAAUACGCCCUUGGAACUGAGAAAACAGUUUCUUAGAAUGGGGUGUAUCUUGAAUAGGGGUUGUCGCCAAAGGCAUUCCCCUCCUUAGACUGAUUAGCAUAGG